AUGACUGCGCAGCGAUUCGUGGAGUUUGUUCAAAUUCACUGGCGAAAGUUUGGAUUUUUCCCUCAUCCUGCUGUCCUGCGUCCGCUAUUUGGUUGGGAUUUCGGUACGAGAGGACUUUCGAUUCUGCUCUUUGGUCGCGUGACGGAGCAGGAGAAGAAGAAACGUGUUCGAACCCUGCCUCCUGCGCAAUCUCCUGCCGAUUUUACUACACUGGUCGGGUCUGUUGACGUCCUAUGUGCGAUAACUCAGCUCCUCUACAAGCCCGUGGUUCACGAGACACUCAAAGCAGCUUCCGAUUUCCUUAGCGAGCUGAGAGUGAGCGAACUAGUGUCUUCCCAACAAGCAUUGGACGGGAUCGCAGCUUGGGUCGACGAUCAGCUGGAAUUGGUUCGGCUGGCUAUCACGGAAGAUAAUUGGCAAGCCGUCGCCGAUAUCAAGACCCAUUGGACGCCUACCAGAUAUACAUUAACGGGCUGUCAUACCUGCAGCAGAUAUGACAGGGUUUAA